UUACCUACCCCCCAAUUCGAUAGCUUCGAAGCCGGGGAUUCCUCCCUUGCUUGCUCUGCCCUUCUCCGAUCAUGGAAUCGGCGUCGGCGGGCGCCUCCGCACCUGGAUACCCAGAUUCCGUCGACUCCUCGCCUCGAUCCCGCGGCGGCGACUCGUGGGACGAGCCGUUAUCGUCCACCGCCGCGGCCUCGUCGCGCAUCCGCGUCAUGUGCAGCUACGGCGGGCGCAUCCUCCCCCGCCCCACCGACAAGUCCCUCUGUUACCUAGGCGGCGAGACGCGCAUGGUCGUCAUCGACCGUCACGCCACCCUCACUGACCUUUCCGCCAAGCUUUCACGCGACCUCCUCGGCGGCACCCCCUUCACCCUCAAGUACCAGCUCCCCAACGAGGAUCUUGAUUCCCUCAUCUCCGUCUCCACUGACGAGGACCUCGAGAACAUGAUUGACGAGCUUGAUCGCAUCACCGCCGCCCCGGCCACUUCUGGAAGCGGCAGCGGCAGCGGCUCGAGGCGCUCCGCCCGCCUUCGUCUGUUUCUCUUCCCCUCAAAGUUUGAUUCGGCGCCUUCUUCUGCUAUCGGGUCACUGAUCGACGAGUCCAAGUCGGAGAGUUGGUUCGUCGAUGCUCUCAAUAGCGCGAUUCACAGCAUGGGCAUGGAGGAAAACCCUCGGGGUUCCACUGACUCCGCCUCAAUCAAUUGUCUUCUUGGCCUCGACGACGAUUCCUCCGUCCAUUCGCGCGGGGGCGGUAGACAACUGGAACCAGAGCGCCCCAUCCUCCCUCGUCCCGACUCCUCUGGUAGGCUCGGACGCCAUGGCCAAGAAGUCCAAUCUGUCCCCGGUUCGCCAAUGCUCGAUAAGGCUUCUUCCUUCGGAUCUACCUCAUCUGCUCCCCUCUCCAAUCUUCCACCCAUCCCCGUUCCUUCCAUCGAUCGGGCCACCGAGCACCAGGAUGAUCACUCCUCCCGCAUGAAUCAAUCACCCGUCUCCGCCUCCAAGCAAAGGGCCGAAGAGGUUUUCAAAGAUGCAGGCCAUGCUCCUCCUCCUCGCCAGUUUCCGUCCAUCCCUCUCCCGGUCGUCUCUGCUUCAUCUCCCGUGAUCUCCCCAACCGAAAACCCGAAUAGAGAAUUCUCCGACGAUGAUAGGCCUGAUCAAGGAGACUUCAGGAAGCCGACGCAGCUUCCGACGCCCACCCAAAACAAUGACUUCACUCGUGGUCCAGCGUCAAGGGUCAUGAACUCAAAUCCAAACUCAGAACCUAAGAUCCCUUAUGACGCUGGCUAUUAUGUAUCACCGCCAGUCUCUGAAUUACCAGCUUAUGAGAGGCCUUCAAUGCAACCAGAGCAACUACAGCAGCAACAGCCCCAUAUCCAUAUUCAUCAACAGCAUCCACAAUUUAUGCCGGCGAAUACUCAUUACAUGCAUCAAACAGCAACUGGAACCGUUCUCUCGAUGCCCCCCUACUACUCUAUUGCCAGCCACUCAAUGCAGCAAGCACCACAAGUCCAUUCACUUGAUCCCCAGAUUCCGGUGUUCUACAUGCCUGUUCACCAUACCACACCUUACAAUUUGGCAGCAGUUCAGCCCAAUUUAACAGAUCCAAAUACUUUACCAUCUCUAGGAAAGCCAUCAGCGCCUGUCCAAGGAGUUCCAACAAGGCCUGGAAUUCCAGCGACUGCAUAUGGAACGGCAGCAAUUGGCCCUGCAUCUGCACCUUCUGCACUGCAACCCCAAUUAGUCCAUGUUGCAGGCAAUCAAUCCCACCCUUAUGCUGGAGCAGGGUAUCAUGUCGUGCAGCAUCCUCACUUAUCUCAGACCCCUGCAACAAUGGCUAAUUAUAGCUACGAAAUGCCCGCUGCCACUGGCCAUCCUCAGCUGUACCACUCUCUGGCGGCCUCCCAACCAGCGUUACCCCGGCAGUAUCAGACACCCAGCUCCACAGUUGUGAUUCAUGAAGGAGUAGAUGCAAACACAUCAAAAUCACCAUGAAUCCAUGAUCACUGUCACUAUUCAAUGGAGGGAAACAAAGAUCUUUCUUUUUCAAUUGCAAAAGGCGAGUAGGCCUUCCAACAUUAUUCGCCAGUCUCGUUACUUAUAAAUCCUAAUUCGAUAUGUAGUCUUAUGUUUGGCUCGUUGGCAUUGUUCUUUGUGUAUUGUCUAUUGUGAUAGGAUUGAGGUGGAUACACGUUGCUUGUGUAUACACUCUAUUAUGGUUUCAGGAUUCAUUCAUGGGUAAGGGACCAUUAUAAUCUAGCGCAUAUGUUAUAUGUUAAUGUAUUAGAAUAAAGUUAUCCGAUAUAUGAAUGGCCGCUUGUUCGAAUACGUU